AUGGCCCGCGAGACGCCGCAGCCACAGGCAGAACAGCCCCAAUCAGCCUCGACGUCAACGGCUUCACCAUCAACACAAUCCGCAUUCUCCCUUCCCACGUCUACAAAACUACUCAUAGGCGGCUCAGCCUUCUUUGUCCUGUCGGCCUUCAUCACUCGACGCUCUCUCAACCGCCGCAGACUGGCCUCUAUGCCGCAAUUCUACACUACAGCCUCACAUCACAAACCCAAAGUCAGCGCUCCCCUCGAGGCCCUGGAGGCCCUCAACCUCGCAACUCUUAAUGUAUUGGCCCUGGCCAUACUCGGUGUUGGUGCGGGGAUGAAAGCCGUUGGAUUCGAGACCCUCGACGAGCUACGGCGGAUAGUCCGCGGUGGGCUGGGGGCUGACGGCACGGGGAGGACGGAGCAGCAGGUCGAGGAGGACAUGGAGGAGUGGGUUGUCUCCGUGCUGAAUCGGAAGGCCAGCAAGGAGAGUGCAAAGGAGGCAGAGAAACAAAAGGCACAGGAAGAGUACAACAUAUGA